AUGGGGAACAAUAAUAGUACACCAAGCAACAGCAACAACAACAAUAAUAACAGUAACUCUAAUCAACAACAAGAUAAUAAUGUAGGUGGAGCAUCGUCAGUGGGAGGAGCGACUGCAGCCAACAACAACGGUAUCGUUGCCGAUAAAUACAAGAUACAAGUUAUCGAUCUAGGAGGUAGAUUCCAUGUUGAAUUUAGAAAUAGAAACUUAAAGAGAUUAAAGAAAAAGAUAUUUAGUAAUAUCUAUACUAAUGGCAUAGAAAUUGUCACUGCCGAUACUCUAAACAAUAGUGACUAUAUGAAAAAUAGAUCAAAUAUCAAUCAUAGUGUUGUUCGUAGUUCUUCUUCUUCCUCUUCCUCAUCAUCUCCAUCAUUGAAAUCAAAUAAUACUUCAAAUACCUCUACUACUACUGCUUCUGCCGCACCCACCAACAACACACCUUCUUGUCCAUCUCCUUCUUCACUUCAAGAGAGAAGAAAUACACUCGUUGAUGAAGAUGAUUUCCAAGAUGAAUAUCAAGAUGAAGAUAGAAUUGACAAUGAACCCGAAAAUGAAACUAUAAAUGUUGAUCAAGCUGCCGCCGCUGCAACUAUAACCGUCGAUGCCACCACCACCACCAAUACUACUACUGCUACCACUACAACUAAACCUGAACAAGAAGAGUCAAUCGCCACUACUACCAGUACUACUACAACCAUUGAAACACCAACCUCUCCAUCAACCUCUCCAACCACUCCAACAACCACAACUACAACUACUACAACUACUACUACAAGUAAAAAGAAAAGUAAAUACCAACAAUUAGUGAUACCAUUAGGAGCAGAUGGUAAACCAUUAAUUAUUCAUUCAUUGGAUCUAAGUUUGAAUAGAUUGGAAUAUCUUCAAAAUGAAAUCAAACAAGUACUCUCUGAUCUCAAAGUUGAAGACAUCAAUUUUACUUCAAACUUUUUCAAUCAUCUCCCAGAUAUCAGUCCCAUUCGUUCACUUCAUACCUUGAAUUUCUCCAAGAACAAACUUACCAAAUUCCCUGUCGAUAUUCUUGCCGAUCUACCACACCUAAGUCAUCUUACUCUUGACAAGAAUAGUAUAUCAAGUAUUCCAGAAGAUAUUGAUAGAUUAAAGAGUCUUUGUCAUCUCUCAAUGAGAAGUAAUUCCAUUGACUCUAUCCCUGCCAAUCUUUGUAAUUUAUCUCAAUUAGUGUCAAUCGACCUUUCACACAACAAAAUCAAAUCACUUCCAAAACAUUUUGACAAACUUGUAAAUUUAAGAUCUAUAUGGAUAUCAUCAAAUAGUAUUCAUCAAUUACCAAAUAUGAGAAAUCUCACACAAUUGGUAUUACUAGAUGUUUCCUCAAACAAACUAUCAUCAAUUUCACGUGAUUUUGCAUUGAUGACUAAAAAUGCCAGUAAUUUAAUCGCCAAAUACCAUCAAUUGAACGGUGAGGAGCCAUACGAAGAAGACGACGAAGAAGAUAAAGUAACUGGAUGCUUCAAAGAACUAAAUAUCAAAGACAACAAAGAGUUGGUAUCUCUUCCUGUGGAAUAUUUAAUGGUAGAGGAUGGUCUAGUUUUGUACACUAGUAUACCAUCAGAGAUCAUACCCAAUCUCUACCUUGGAGGUUUGGAUUGUGCCAGCAACAGUAGUAUGCUCCAAGAACUUGGUAUCACUCAUGUUGUUUUGGCAAUUGGUGAUGUUGCACCAGCAUUCCCCAAAAACUACAAAUACUACACGAUCGAUGAUGCACGUGAUACCCCCAACUAUGACUUGUCUGUCCAUUUUGAACAAACAGCAGCAUUUAUCGACUGUGGUAUCAGAUCGGGAGGAGGUGUUUUAGUUCAUUGUAGAGCAGGUAUCUCUCGUAGUUCAACAUUGAUCAUUGCCUAUUUGAUUAGAUAUCACGGUUUGGAUUAUAUCAGCGCACUUAAAAAGGUUCAACAAAAAAGACCACAAAUCAUGCCAAAUGCAGGAUUCCAACUUCAACUUGUCCGUUAUGAAAAUAGGAUCAAUAUUUUAAAAUCUCAACAACAAUCUAAAUCUCAAUAA